AUGACAGCAAAGCAGCUGCACACUGACGCGAGCAAGUUAGGAUUAGGUGUGAUACUCAGACAGCAGCAGCCCGAUGGCGCAAUAAAACCAAUAGCAUAUUUCAUUAGAGUAACAUCUAAAGAAGAACAAUUCUAUCACAGUUAUGAACUUGAGACCCUCGCAGUAGUAGAGUCGCUGAAACGGUUUCUCAUUUAUUUAGUAGGGAUACCUGUGAAAGUAAUUACAGAUUGUGCCGCUUUACGCGCUACAUUGAUUAAAAAGGAUCUCAUUCCUCGAAUAGCUCGAUGGUGGCUCACCAUCCAGGAUUAUAACUUGGAAAUAGUAUACAGACCGGGAGAACGAAUGAAGCACGUGGAUGCCUUGAGUAGAAACCCCCUGACGGAACAUAUUUUCCAAAAUGACGAAUCAGAUUGGUUAGUAACGCUACAAUUGCAGAACGACAAUAUUCAGCAUAUAAUUACUCAGUUACGGGAAUAG